UAGAUUAUUAUGCAGAAUGGCAACUAAGUUAUAAUACACUGCAUAUAAAUAUGAACAUGGUCACAAAUCUCUCUGAAUCUGUAAUGAAAACAAAUAAAACGCCAAAUUUUAAUCCAAAACAAUAUAAUACUAAUACAAAUGAAGUUGUCGGCCAUCGGUUCCGGAGGUUUUGGAACCGUAUAUAAAGUAAAGCACAGAAUCGAUAAACACUUAUAUGCCGUCAAAAGAGUCCUCAUUAAUGACUUUUCUGAGGAAUACUUACAACGAGUCUAUAAAGAAGUCCGGAAUUUAGGAGCCGUUCGCUCAGAAUAUUGUGUUCAGUUUUACAACUCAUGGCCUGAAGACAAACACCUCUACAUUCAGAUGGAGUUC